GGAAACUUGUGGAUCAAGGAAAGGACAAGGAGAGAUCCCUCUCCAGUUACUGUCACGAGCAAAAUGGACUCAAGGAAAUUAAUGUCUUGCAAGUCAAGUCAGUAGGGUAAUGAGAAGCAAACCGAAGGCUUAAAACAUCUGCCACCACCCCUCCUUUCUUCCUGGGCUGAUCUUCACUCCUGAUUUCUCUGCCUUCCUCCUCAGUGGCACAGGGGAACAGGGAAUGGGGCUUGCAGUUAAUAUAUCACAUGCCAUCCCUGCAGCUCUUUCCUCCUCAGGGUAGCAGACUCCUCACACUCUUGCCCUGCUCCAGUAUGGAGUUCCUCCUGCAGAAGUCAGUCCUCCACAAACUUCCGGUGUGAGUCCUUCCCAUGGACUGCAGUUCUUCACAACCUGCUCCAGCAUGAGUCUCUUCACUGGGUGAAGUCUUUCAGGAGCAGACUGUUCCACUGUGGGUUCCCCCUGGGGUCACAAGUCCUACCAGCAAAUCUUCUUCAGUGUGAGCUCCUCUCUCCAGGGAUCAAAGAUCCUUCUAGGAGUCUGCUCCAGCAUGAGCUCUCCACAGGGUCACAUCCUCCUCCAGACACAUCUGCCUGCUCCAAUGUGGUGUCCUCCGUGGGCUGCAUAUGGUUAUCUCCUACACUGUGGACUUCCACGGGCAGCAGUGGAACAGUUUUCUUCAUCAUGGUCUUCACUACAGGCUAGAAGGGAGUCUCCCAUGCCUGUUUUCACUGACUCAGGUGUCUGUGGAAUCGUUUCUCUCACAUAUUCUUGCUCUUUGGCUGCAGUUGUGCAGCGUCGUUUUUCCCUUCUUAAAUACAUUAUCCCAGAAGCACUACCACCAUCACUGAUGGGCUUGGUCUUGGCCAGCAUCAGGUCCAUCUUGGAGCUGGCUGGCUUUGGGUCUGUUUGACACUGGGGUAAGCUUUUGUUGAACUCCCACAGGGGCUGCCCCUGUAUCCCCUCACUACCAGAACCUUGCCAUGCAAACCCAGUACCAUUGCGUACAACCUCUGGGUGGAACUGGUUUUCUCACUUUAUGCACUCCAAUGUAGACUAUGCAGGUGUCUAUGAGAGGAAGAAAAGGGAUGCCAAGAGGUGUCACUGUCUCUAACAUAUUUUCCUUCUGUUUGCUUGUAGCCAUAUUGAAAAGUGGUGAUACUGCAGAAAAAAUACACUGAUAGAAACAGAAUUCUUGGUUUACACUAACAUCAAUAACAGCCAGUUCAGAUAGAAAUUUGCAUCUGAACUGCUCUGCUGAAUGAGCUGGGUUGAGACAGGGUGUUUCUGAUGGUUUAUCAUUAGUUCUGAGCUGUAGCUCACAGCCUGUGUCACUGGGCAGGGACAGAUACAUCUGAUAGUUCUCUGUGGCAGUUUGUGUCCAGGCUCAGGUAGUGUAGUUAAAGGAAACUCUGCAGCUGCUUGUAUUGUGUAGACGUGGGAAGCCUUGAGUUUGUCUCCUGGCAAGCUUGUCUAGGUCCCCUUUUACUGAUUGGCUGAAAAGAGCUUGGGAAUCAAUCAAAUACUGGCUCAAAGCACUGGCCAUCAGCUAGCUGGCUAUGGCAUGGGCUGGGGGACAGAAGAACUAGUGGGAAAAAAAAUCAGGGAAAGAUGUGGAGGUCAGGACAGGAAACAGAGGAGAAGAUAGGCUUCUAGAGGUCACAUCGACCUUCAGCUCCUCUCCCAAGCUACACAGUCAGAUGAAAGCCAAACAAGAGCUGCUUUAGGCAGGGUUUGCUCUAAUCCUUCCAGAUAACAAGGAAUAGUGAAUCCAUGUUGGACAGAGUUCCCAAAUUGUGGAGGCUGGCAGAAACAUGACAAACAGAGAAGCUGGCAGGAUCCCAUAUUUGCUUUCCUGCUCAUACCCUCUGGGAGACUCUAGCUGCCAGAGAGGAGUUUCCCCAGGGUCUCUACGUAGGGCUUCCCCCGACCCCGAAUGCUAAUAGGCACGCUGGGAGCCCAGUGCUCUUGUUGCCUGGCAACAAACUUACCAUGGCAACACAUUGCAAACACUCCUGGGAAGGCUGCAUAAUGUGGCCGUAAGUCGCUCUGCGGGUCUCAUGCCCCAGGGAGGAAGGGACAGAGACACUGUUAAGACUCCUGAAACAGCAACCUGGGCACCAGCUACCCCUGUCUGGAACCAGACUUUUGCCACACACCUGUGCUGCAGGCCCAAACACCUGGCAAGGGCAGCUGGGAAGCAACAGCAAUCGUUCUAGGCAGGUGUAAGCAGGGCUGAGCAGAGGUGAAGACAAUGGACCAAGGAGAUGAAAAUGCUGCCAAUGAGGAAAAAGCUGGCACUCUCACAGGAAGUAGGAGUGGUGCAGUAGGACAUCUUCCAGAGAUGGAGAAAAGUGAGAAAGAAAGUGACUAUGUCACAAAAAACAUCCAGUGGACCACAGGCAACGACUUUACAGUAGAAAGAGGAGUGCAGCAGAUUGAAGAAAUCAUUUCUCAGACAUGGGAGAUUCAUGAAAGCUGGCUUCACUGGUCAGAAUUUCUCCAGGAAGAAGACCUGAAGGACACCAAGAGGUACCACUACAGAGUUUGCUGGAGCAUGCCAACACGCCGCAAACCCAUUCCACGAGCAACAGCAAACGUCUACUUCGUGAUAGAGAUCUCCAAAAUCAAACCUGCUACCUUGCCUGUGGAGGUAUUCUUCACUCUGGAGUGCAGCAAGCUGAUUCGCAGGCCAGACCAGUGUCAGUUUAAAGAAAAGUGGCUUAAGGACAUAAUUGAAAAUAAAAUAAUCCUCAUGAAAACAAAUAAAUUCUACUGGAUGCAGUGAUGAAGAA